CUGAUCAUUUUACUGGAAGACAAGAUAAAAUGUCAUCAUUCAGUUGUUUACAAUCACGUUCACUCUUCAUGGCUCCAUUUGGGUUUUCUUGGUAAAGACACUGGAGUGGUUGGCCAUUUCCUUCCCCAGCUCUUUUUUUUUUCAGAUGAGGAAACCGAGGCAAAAAAGGCAAAGUGAGUUGGUCAGGGUUCUCUAGGUGGUAAGUGAGGCAGGAUUUGAACUCAGGAAGAGAAGUCUCCCAGCGCUGUAAGCACUUCUUUACCUUCCUUCCCCAAGGUAAAAUACAAAAUGACUCAUGAGCUGUCCUGCAAAGAGCUGAAGAGAGCCUAUGUCCUCUCCAUGGAGGCAGAAGGUUCGAUCCUCUAGGGCUGUGCCUGGUCCAGAACCCAAGGCCCCCUGGGGAAGAAGGACCCCGGAAGUAUUACCUCAAGGUUAGAAUUCCAUCAAAGAAAUUCUUUUCUAACUGGACCUAGGAUUUCAUAGUUUGGAGGACACUAGCAAGGAACCGACUUCAUCCAGGCUUGGAAGCUUCAGGCCUCUCUUCAGCUUACUGGCACAGGCAUUUGCCUGGAAUGGUGAGAGGGCAAGUGAUCUGUCAGGGUCACACAGCCUGUAUUCAAACUCCCAUCCAAGGCAGGAAUAGAAGUAAGAUUUUGGGGGCUCUGAAGCUAGCUUUCUUGUGGAUUACACCAAACUGUCCCUCUGUAGCAACUUAGGAGAAGGAAAAAAAAAAACCAUGGAACAUAGAAUGGACCAGUCAAGGACUGGGCACAAAGAUAACGAUGGGCAACUGGAAUCCAAAAGUAAUAUCCGGCUAUCUGGGAAAGCUCCCGGCAUGUUGGACUUGCUGGAGCAACUGUCUGGGGGCAGAUUUAUGGAAAGAGACAGCAGAGAGCCCCAGAGGAGGGGCAAGCAAUCCAUGUUCCUGUCUGGGAUAUUUAUAUCCGGGAGAUCAAAGAGCCUUGGAAAUUGGGCCAGAGGGAAAAUGAGCCAUCCUGGGGACAAGCGAGCUCUUCAAAUGAGAGUCUGGAAGGCUGUGUGCCAGAGCUACUCCAGGGGGACUUCCUGCCCAGCUCAAAGUUGAACCUCGGUGUUCGUACCAAGUCUGACAUGCUGUGAUUCCAUGACCAUUCAGCUCAAGUGCAGAAUGGCAACCCAGGCAUCCUGGCUGUAUCUUUUCCCAUUGCCUUCCUAGAGAGCUCAGCCUCCCUUAUCCUUCUAGGCUCUGAGAGUGGGGAAGAGGAAAGAGCUCAGAGUGGGAAACUCAGGCGGGGACCAGACACUGAGGGGUUAACUCCCAAACCAGUGUCAGACACAGAGAAGAAUCAAUGGGCUACUCAGCAGCUGAGAGAGAGGGAGAGGCUGAGGGAGACAGAGACAGAGACAGAUAGACGGAGGGGGACAGGGAGAGAGAGGGAGGAAAGGAGGGAGGGAGAGAGAGAGAGAGAGAGAUGUGACCUGGAAAAAUUGAGAAAGGAAAAGGAGAACCAGUUCACUGGAUGGAGAGAGUAAGAGUCCAUUCUGGAAGAAGCAACAGGCAGGAGGAGAAAGGGGAAACAAGAGGAGAAAAGGGAGAGAGAAGGAUCAGGAAAGCCAAAAGUAAAGAAUGGAAGAAAGGUAGAGGAGGAAAAGCUGAUAGGAGAGGGGAGAGAAGAAGAAAAGAAAGGGGGAGGGUCAGUGUUAAGGAAAAAGAAAGCUAGAGAGCAAGGGAGGGAACCUCAAGGUGAUUCUGAAACAGGGCAUCCCCUCUGCCUGCGGUUUGGACCAGAUUUAGGGAUGGAUUCUUCCUAGCCCUUCCCUUUUUCUGCUUCAGAGAUCAUCAGGUGUGGCACUCCUUCCUAAUUCUCUAGAGGCUGACAACAGUGGGGCUGCAUCCUCGCCCCUCGCUGCCUCUGCUGCGGAGAUGCCCGACCCGUGGAACAUCUCCUCAGAAAGCCCGGGCUCCCCAGGGGCAGAGGCCAUUGUGGUCCCUGUGGUCUUUGCCCUCAUCUUCCUCCUGGGCACAGUUGGCAACGGGCUGGUGCUAGCUGGGCUGCUUCGCCCUGGCCAGUCCAAGGGCAGCCCCACCGACCUGUUCAUUCUGAACCUGGCCGUGGCCGACCUGUGCUUCCUGGUGUGCUGCGUGCCCUUCCAGGCCGUCAUCUACACGCUGGACAGCUGGCCUUUUGGAACCUUCGCCUGCAAGGCCGUGCACCUCCUCAUCUAUCUCACCAUGUAUGCCAGCAGCUUCACGCUGGCCGCCAUCUCCGUGGACAGGUACCUGGCUAUCCGCUACCCUCUGCGCUCCCGCGCCCUCCGGACAGCCCAGAACGCCUGGGCCGCCAUCGGCCUGAUCUGGCUGCUGGCGCUGCUCUUUUCGGGGCCUUACGCCGGCUAUUACUGGACGGUGCGGUACGGGAAGCUGGUGCUGUGCGUGCCGGGCUGGGAGGACGACAGCCGCCGCGCCCUCGACCUGGUCACCUUUGCCGUGGGAUACCUGCUGCCCGUGGCUGUGGUCAGCCUGGCCUAUGCCCGGAUCCUCUGCUUCCUCUGGGCGGCCGUGGACCCCACGAGCUCAGCCUCGGAGGCCCGGCGCCGGGCCAAAGGUCGGGCCAGCCGCACCAUGCUGGCCGUGGCGGCCCUCUUUGGCCUCUGCUGGCUGCCCCACCACGUGGUCAUCCUGUAUUUCUGGUUUGGCCACUUUCGCUUCAACUGGGCCACCUACGCAUGUCGCCUGGCAUCCCAUUGCCUCUCCUAUGCCAAUUCCUGUCUCAACCCCCUAGUCUACGCCCUGGCCUCGAAGCAUUUCCGAAAGCGCUUCCGACAUGUCUGCCCCCAUUGCUGCCGCAGCCGCCGCCACCAGUGCCCCCCACAUCCGGGAUGCGCACCCCCAAAUGGGGCCAGGGCCCGCCGGCGGGUCCACGCGGCUCCGCCCCCCAGGAGGGACGCGUGCUCCGCUAUCCCCUGGCCCAGGGAGGAGGGAGCCCAUCCUCCUCGAUUAGGAGGGCAGAUCCCCGUGGAGGAGAAAGAGAGGGAAUCGCUUCCCAGAGUCUGCUAGGGGGGCGCGAGCUUCAGAUGUGGCUGGGGGGUGGGAUGAAUGACCCCACCCGCACAGACGCAGGACCAGAGCCAGGAACCAUAACAGUGCCCCAAAGUCCUCGCAGGAUCCUCCCAGAGACCCCUGGUGGGGAAGGGAUUAGGAAAAGAACUAGAGAGGUUGGCACUGGAAUUCUGGGGCCCUGGGCUCAGAGACUCGGGCCACAAAGGGCCCGGGAUGCCUUUCUCCUUGGCGCAGAGCCCUGACCCAGGAAGCCUAGGAAAAGGUACAAGAUAGCAUCUUCCCACAAACAAGCAUGCAGUUUACAACCCGACACUUGAAAACUUUAUUGAAGGAAGGCAAAAAACAAGGCAGAGACCUUUGGUUGAGCAGCCAUUAGUCCCAGAGAAGGGUGGAUGCCCUUAGAAUUAUGAAGAAUCAAUCCUAGAAAGGCUUCUUUGGCAGAGGCUGUUGUGGGGAGGUGGGACCGCUGUAAGACCAUCGGGUUUGCUUGGCAGAAAUACUGGAACAAAGGGUUUGCCAUUUUCUUCUCCAGCUUAUUUUCCAGGUGAGGAAACGGAGGCAAACAGGAUUAAGUGACUUACACAGGUUCCCACAGUUUCUAAGGUCCAGAUCGAUGGAGGCAUGAUUUGAACUCAUGGAGACGAGGCUUCCUGAUUCCAAGCCCAAUGCUUUCUCUAUCCCAGGCAGCCUAGCUGCCCAUAAGUCACCACAAUUUCUCAAACAAGGGGAAGGUGCUCCCUUAAGGUUCUCCACUCUUCCUUCAUUGAAAAAUGAGAACAAAACCCCUCUGAUAGGCUUCCUCUCUUGGCUUGCCAACUCCUAGAUCUCUCUAGCCUUUUCUUCCCCUCUAACUGACCGCUGACCAGUCUCACCCAUAGUCACGUACCCAUGAUUCUUCCUGAUCACACCAUAUUUUUACAUCUUACCUUCUUCAGUAGACUAAAAGCUCUUGGAGUUCUUCUUCUAUUGCCAUUCUAUUCCGCCAUGAUUAAACAUCCUUAUGGAGCACCUACUGUAUUUGGGACCCAGGGAAUGUCCAUAUUUUAAGACUAGGUGAUUUCCUAGGUGUGACUGACUCUUCCCCGGGGCUAACCUGGUAAAAAGCCAUUCUAGACUUCUCCAAAUGUCCACAGUCCUCUCCAGGGGCACAGAGACACUCUGUCACGGGGCCUGGAUCCCAAACCUUUCCUACUUGGUAGGAUAAACACAGAGCUUCUAGUUGGUUGGAAAGCCUUCUGAAACAGGCUAACUUCCAUACUCCCAGAAGGUAUCAGAAGAGGCCUUUACCGGUGCUGAGGAAAGAAAGCAUUUGACCCAACCUUUGCUUUUCAGGAGCUUCCACUAUGUCCGGGGAGAUUUAAUUUGUGGGCAAAUCACUUUAUUAAAUUUUUUUAAAUGUA